CCUGACUCUGUGAGCCGUCUACCGAUCCCGCCCUACGCCAGAACCAAGCAUGCUCAUCAAGGAGUAUCGCAUCCCCAUGCCUAUGAGCGUGGAAGAGUACCGCAUCGCACAGCUCUACAUGAUACAGAAAAAGAGCCGAGAAGAGAGCUGUGGAGAGGGCAGUGGGGUCGAGAUCCUGGAGAACAGACCUUACACGGACGGGCCGGGCGGAUCGGGUCAGUACACACACAAGGUCUACCACAUCGGCAUGCACAUCCCCAGCUGGUUCCGCUCCAUCCUUCCCAAGGCUGCCCUGCGCGUGGAGGAAGAAUCGUGGAAUGCUUACCCUUACACCCGCACACGCUACACGUGUCCUUUCGUGGAGAAGUUUUCCAUCGACAUCGAGACAUAUUACAAGCCCGACACGGGGAACCAGGGAGAUGUUUUUAACUUGUCUUCGGCAGAGAAGCGACAGAGGACUGUAGAUCCCAUAGACAUAGUGAAAGAUCCCAUUCCCCCUCACGAGUACCUGGUAGAGGAGGAUCCGAAAAUAUACCAGUCUGUGAAAACCCAGCGUGGGCCCCUGACAGACGACUGGAUCGAGGAGAUCAACGAUAACCCUGGCAAGAUGCCAGUCAUGUGUGCCUACAAGCUGUGCAAAGUGGAAUUCCGUUACUGGGGGAUGCAGUCCAAGAUCGAACGCUUUAUCCACGACGUCGGGCUGCGGAAAGUGAUGGUUCGCGCCCACCGGCAGGCCUGGUGUUGGCAGGACGAAUGGUACGGCCUCACCAUUGAGGACAUUCGACAGCUGGAGCUGGAGACGCAGCUCGCCCUGGCGCAAAAAAUGGCCCAGUUCAGCUGCAACGAGGAGGCCGGGGAGAGCAACGGCACCGCGGCCACGCCCGAGAAGAACCAGGAGGCCAAGGAGGCCGUGGGCUCCAUGGAGGCGGCGGAACCGUCCAGAAACUUGGGAGACUCCCUGCAGACUCGAGGGGAGCUCACCAAACAGUGGUCAACCUCCUCCAGGUCCUCCCGCUCAUCGAAGAGAGGAGGAAGCCCCUCGCGUCACAGUAUCUCAGAGUGGAGGAUGCAGAGUAUCGCACGGGACUCGGACGACAGCACGGACGACGAGUUCUUCGACGCCCACGAGGACUUCUCCGACAACGAGGAGAUAUUUGCCAAGGAGAUUACCAAAUGGAGCUCCAACGACCUGAUGGAUCGAAUCGAGACUGCAGAGGCGGAUGAGGCCCAGGGAGACUUGUACCAAGAAUCAGGAGUGGAGUACUCAGAGAUUUUUCUGUCCACGCUCCAGGAUGGCUCCUCUCAGCAGUGUUUACAACCGUCAAAGAUCCACGUUCUCAUCCUGGUCCUUCACGGUGGGAACAUCCUGGACACAGGGGGCGGAGACCAGAGCAGUAAACAGGGCGACGUGAACACCAUCAGCACGGCCUUUGAGACGGUGAUGCGGGUCCACUACCCCGCUGCGCUGGGCCACAUCGCCAUUCGCCUGGUGCCGUGUCCAGCCGUCUGUGCCGAAGCCUUUUCUCUGGUGUCCAAUUUGAGUCCGUACAGCUAUGACGAGGGCUGUCUGUCCAAUAGCCAGGACCACAUCCCUCUAGCUGCCCUGCCCCUAUUGGCCACCUCUGCCCCGCAGUAUCAGGAUGCCGUGGCAACCGUCAUAGUGCGAGCAAACCAGGUGUACAGUGAUUUCAUCAAAUCCCUGGAGGGAGCAACGUUCUCUGGCCAGGUUUGUCUGAUUGGAGACUGUGUUGGUGGGAUCCUGGGCUUUGACGCUCUUUGCAGCAGUAACAUCCCCGUGUCAGAGAGCCAAAACAGCAGUCGCCGUGGCAGCAUCGUCAGCGUGCAGGACAACGACCUGCUCUCCCCGGGCAUCAUCAUCAACAGCAGCUACUGCUCCGGGCCGGGAUCCUGCGCCCUGGAGGGCAGCCGCCACCUGAGCCGCAGCAACAUCGACAUCCCCCGUAGCAGCGGCCCCGACGACCCCAAAAAGCAACUGCCGCGCAAGCGGAGUGACUCCUCCACCUACGAGCUGGACACCAUCAAGCAGCACCAGGCUUUCCUCUCCAGCCUGCACUCCAGCGUCCUUCGGAAUGACCCGGGCUCCCGCCGGUCCAGCAGCAGUACCAUGCUGGAAGGGGGCGGGGCACUGGGGAAAUUUGACUUUGAAGUGUCAGACUUUUUCCUGUUUGGUUCCCCCCUGGGGCUGGUCCUGGCCCUGAGGAAGACCGUGGUCCCCUCGCUGGACGUGGCUCACCUGCGCCCGGCCUGCCAGCAGGUCUACAACCUCUUCCAUCCUGCCGACCCCUCUGCCUCCCGCCUGGAGCCCCUCCUGGAGAAAAAAUUUUACCUCCUGCCCCCCUUCAAUGUGCCCCGUUACCAGCGCUUUCCCCUGGGAGAUGGCAACUCUGCUUUACUGGUGGAGACCAUCCAGAGCAACCCUCACCUCCUGUUGGAGAGUGGGGCCAGCUUGGCCUCCCGCUGCCAGGACGGUAUCGGAGAGACUUCUAUCCCAGUACCGGUGCUCAACUGGCAGGCCGCACCAGCCCCGGCUGAGUCUGAUGUAAUGCACACUCAUAGCGGCGUUUUCGUGGAAAACUCAUACCCAUCAUCUCCUGCCUCCGCACCACACGCGCGCACCCUGCGGAGGCCAAGCGAAGUCAGCAUUGCCAGUCAGGUCUCAGGACUGGCAGACAGUUACUCUGCCUCCAACAUAGCUAACAUCGCGGCCCGUUGGUGGGGUACCAAACGCAUCGACUUCGCCCUGUACUGUCCCGACGCCCUAACCGCCUUUCCCACUGUGGCCCUGCCUCACCUCUUCCACGCCUCGUACUGGGAGUCUACUGAUGUGGUGUCUUUUCUUCUCCGACAGGUGAUGAGGCAUGAGAACUCCAGCAUUCUGGAGCUGGACGGGAAAGAGGUGUCGGAGUUCACACCAUCGAAACCACGAGAGAAAUGGCUGAGGAAGAGGACCCACGUUAAGAUCAGAAAUGUCACAGCCAACCAUCGAGUGAACGAUGCCGUAUUCUCGGAGGAUGGCACGCAGGUGAUUUCUGGCCGUUUCAUGUACGGACCGCUGGAUAUGGUCACCCUGACUGGAGAGAAGGUUGAUAUCCACAUUAUGACUCAGCCUCCGUCAGGUGAGUGGGUCUAUUUUGACACAGAAGUGACCAACAGCAGUGGACGCGUCUCCUACGUCAUCCCCGAGAGUAAACAGCUGGGUAUUGGGGUCUACCCUGUAAAGCUUGUUGUCAGAGGUGACCAUACGUCAGCGGACAGCUACCUGACGGUGCUGCCACGCGGGACGGAGUUUGUGGUGUUCAGCAUCGACGGCUCUUUCGCUGCGAGCGUGUCCAUCAUGGGCAGCGACCCCAAAGUGCGAGCCGGGGCUGUGGACGUGGUGCGGCACUGGCAAGACCUGGGCUAUCUGAUCGUGUACGUGACGGGUCGACCCGACAUGCAGAAACAGAGGGUGGUGGCUUGGUUGGCACAGCACAACUUCCCUCACGGCAUCGUGUCCUUCUGCGACGGCCUGGUCCACGACCCGCUCCGACACAAGACCAAUUUUCUCAAAUCCCUCAUCUGCGAGGCUCAUAUGAAGAUCUUUGCUGCUUAUGGCUCCACUAAGGACAUCUCUGUGUACACCUCGUUAGGCCUGCCCCCGUCUCAGAUCUACAUAGUGGGAAGACCCACCAAGAAGAUGCAGCACCAAUGUCAGUUCAUCCCUGACGGAUACGCGUCUCACCUGUCCCAGCUGGAGUACAGCCAGAGGACGCGACCCGCCAAGGCCGGCAGCGCGCGCAUGGUCCUGCGGAAAGGCAGCUUCGGCCUGGGAGGGGGCGGCGACUUCCUCCGCAAGCGCAACCACCUGCUGCGCACCAUCUCCUCCCAGCCGGGCGCGGGCGUGGCCGCGGGCGGGUCGCAGGGCGUGCGGCCUGAACGCGCCCAAAGCCAGUCGGAGUGCGAGCGGGAACGGGCCGAACGGGCCCAGAGGAGCAUGAGCAUCGCCGCCGGGUGCUGGGGGCGUGCCGGCAGCACCAAACUGGAGGGCGGAAUGCUCAGCCCAAAAUAG